AGAGAGAGAGAGAGAGAGGCUACUGUCACAUCCUGUAGUAGGCUGUAAUAUCCACACCAUUUCCAUGGUCUGGCUGCAUCUGGUGGAUUUGACUAAACAAUUUGAAAUUUGAGUCUAUUUACACAUCACUACCUUUUUGUGGAUACAAUUUGGUUCUUUUCCUGGACUUACACGCAGGUCACCUCAUUCUUCACCUUCUAUAAACUACCUUCCUAGAUCUGGCUCAUGAUGGUGAAGAGGGGUGCGUUACGUUUACUGAUAGCUUCUGCUCUGGCAGUCAUGGUCUACGCCAUCUUCACAUUACCCAGGUCACAGCCAGGCAACCACCAGGACCACCAGGACCACCAGGACCACCAGCACCUCUAUCCGCACCACAUCUCUGACCAGUCCAUCACGCCUGUCAACGACACCAAACACUUCAUGGUGGGGGCCUACAAGGAACAUCGUGUGGAGGGAAGCUCCGUACGCAUCAUCAGUAUCUUCAGACGAGACUCUGUCCAGCCUCUGUACUGUGUGUUCUACUGUGGGGCUCACUGGGCUAAUGGAAUGAAGGCUGAAGUCCAGAUGCACUCUGAUCACUUUGGUUUCCGCUUCGUGACGACCGACGUCCUUUGUCCGAAUGUCCCCGGCUGUAACCCGUCGCACGUGACCCUCGCCACACAAGCUGACGCCGAGCUCGCUCAGAACCAAACCUUCCUCCGCAUCCAGAACCUUGUGAAAAGGGAGGAAGAGGAGUUUCAGUUCAACUUCACUGUCUGUUGGUCCAAUUUAUUUGGCGAUUAUAACAACGUGCUUCAGGUCACCCAGACUCUGGAGAUGUACAAGCUGUUGGGAGUGCAGCAUGUUGUGGUGUAUAACACCAGCUGUGGACCAGACCUGGAGAGACUGCUACAGAGUUACACACAGGACGGCUUUGUGGAGGUGGUGCCCUGGCCUAUCGGCAAAUACAUGAAGCCGUCCCGUGGGUGGCAGCCCAGUGAACAUAGAGGGGACAUCCACUACUAUGGCCAGUUGACCACUCUAAAUGACUGUGUCUACAGACACAUGUAUCAGUCACGCUAUGUACUGCUGAACGACAUCGAUGAGAUUAUAGCUCCAUACCAGCAUCAAACCCUGCCCCAGAUGAUGGAUGUACUUCAGAGGCAAAACCCAAAGGCCGAAGUGUUCCUCAUAGAGAACCACAUCUUUCCUAAGUCCCAGUUUGAGCCCAGUGGAAGGUUUGAACUGCCCCGCUGGAGAAAUGUUCCAGGGAUCAACAUCAUGGCGCACAUCUACAGAGAGGAGCCAGACUAUCGCAUCUUCCACCCCUUCAAGAUGAUAGUACGGCCCAGGGCAGUGGAGCAGACGUCGGUCCACUCUGUGCUGCGUAACUUCGGGCAGACAGUGAAGGUUCCUCCUAACGUGUGUCAUAUCAUCCAUGUCAGAGUUCCUCUACGAGGAGGACUGACCAGGGAGGAGCUGUAUGAAGACAAGAGAGUCUGGGACUACGAGAGACAACUGGUGCCUAAUGUAGAUAAAGCACUGGAGCAAGCAGGACUACUAAUUGAAGGAAGGAAGGAGUAGUCAGAGAUGGAAGAGGAAGCGAGACCAAUGUCCCCGAUUGCAGUUUAGACUACCAAAAUCCAGCAAUGGCUGAUGAAUUGGAAUAUUUACCUGGAGAUAACUCUGCAGAUAGCACUGUUCGGUGAUUUAAAAAGUCCUAGUCAAUCAAUGAAUAAUAAAACUUCUAGCAAAA